UUUCCAUUGGUGUGGUCGGACCUGAAGGUGCGUGGGUCAUGAUCUAUGCCCUUCCCGGGUGCUAGGGGGCAUACGGGUGUUGAUAUUUCAUGUAUCGCUCGUUGAAGCAAAAACUGCAGAGUAACAUGAGGCGUGCUCUCUGUCACAAGAUCCCGUGCUGUGGUAGGACGACCGCCGGGCCCCGGAUUUUAUCUACGCCCUGGAUUCCAGCGAUUUGGCCGGGGUCAGUCGCUACUGGAAUAAACUUUCCAUCUCAAAAAGACCCAUCUUAUUAUCAUAGGAAGUCUGCCAAUUUUUCCACCAAGGUCACACCAUCGUCACCUCCCUCCACGGCCAUGGAGCCCGGCGCAGACGAGGUGGCGUUCGAGUCCUCGGCGCAUUUCCGCAUCUACAAGAGCGGGAGGAUCGAGCGCCUGAACCGGCCUCCUGUCCUCCCCGCCGGCCUCGACGAUGCCACCGGUGUCACCUCCAAGGACGUUGUCCUGGACGCCGACACCGGCCUUUCCGUACGCCUCUACCUCCCCAAGCUCCAGCAGGAACGUCCGUCCAAGAAGCUCCCGGUCCUCGUCUACUUCCACGGCGGCGCGUUCCUCAUCGAGUCGGCCGGCUCCGCCACGUACCACGCCUACGUGAACCCGCUCGCGGCCGCCGCGGGCGCGCUGGUGGUGUCCGUGAGCUACCGCCUGGCACCGGAGCACCCGCUCCCGGCGGCCUACGACGACUCGUGGGCCGCGCUCCAGUGGGCGGCGUCGGCGCGGGACGAGUGGAUCGCCGAGCACGGCGACACGGCGCGGCUCUUCCUCGCCGGCGACAGCGCCGGCGCAAACAUCGUGCACGACAUGCUGAUGAGGGCGGCGUCCGCGCGGGGGCCGCGCAUCGAGGGCGCCGUCCUGCUCCACCCGUGGUUCGGCGGGAGCGCGCCCAUCGAGGGGGAGCCGCCGGGCCCUGCAGCGGGCACCGCUGGGCUCUGGACUUACGCGUGCCCGGGCGCGGUCGGCGGCGCCGACGACCCGAGGAUGAACCCUCUGGCGCCCGGCGCGCCGGCGCUGGAGAAGCUCGGGUGCGCGAGGAUGCUGGUGUGCGCCGGGACGCUGGACGCGCUCUACAGGAGGGACCGCGCGUACUACGAAGCCGUGGCGGCCAGCGCGUGGCCCGGGGACGUGGCGUGGCUCGAGUCCGAGGGAGAGGACCACGACUUCUUCCUCGGGAAGCCCGAGUGCGAGAACGCCAAGCAGCUCAUGGACCGCGUCGUGGCCUUCAUAGCCGGGGCCUGACUUGCGCUCUCUUGUGGGCGCGGCGCGGCGAGUCGUCAUUGAAGACUCAAGUUAAUUGUGGUUGCUUUGACUACCAGUUCGUGCGUCUUCUUUCAUGAGUCACCCCCUCGCCCCCUCUGGCGUGUGCUCAAGGUGUCGUGGUUAUCUCCUCCAUCUCGUGCCUCUUCUUGCUCGAGUCACUCCUCCAGCGGACGCCAAGUUCCUUUCCCUCCCCAUUGGCCUCCCAGUGCUACUCAACCACAAGCUUAUGCUCGAUUCUAAGAGAAAGUAUAACAACUAGCCAAGUUAGAAAAGAGAAGCUCGAGCGGCGCGCAUGUAUGGAGGAAGACAGUACUGACGGGCUCUUCGUUCACCCAUCCUUUGUUGUUGAUGAAGUGAGAUGAGUUAGAGGAUGAUAGUGCGGACGAAAAUGAGUUAGGGUAUGAAGUAUGGGAUGAGGUGCCAUGCAAUGAGGGAAACCAUGCUCCAAAUGUAGUAUAUGAUCCAUUGCUAAUGUGUAACAUUUAUAGGUCAAGAAGUGGGUCAAUUCACCAAGAAGCACUUUCUAUCGUUACACACAUAGAUCAAUCUGUGAAGACUAAAUGUAAAAGGAGGGUAAAACCCACAAGGAAGAAGCAAGGGCUAGGUCAAAGGAUGUACACUUUCCAAAGGUGCCACUUGAUAGCUCAUCGACGCAUACAAGAAGGAAAACAUGACAACCUACCAGCCCACAAUGGUACAAGAAACUAAAUAAGGCUCGGCCUUUGAUUUCUAAUAUGCAUGUCGAAUUGACUUGGUGUAUGUGAGCCCAACGUAUGUCAGAGAUCUCAUUUAUGUGUGUAAUGUAUGCAUUGGUGGACUUGUGAACAAAUUUAUAUGUGCACCUAGCUAAUGUAUGCAAC